GCGAAACCGCCCAUCUUUGCGAGGACUCGCCUCUGUGUCCUGGAUUCACGUCGACCCCUUGGAUCACGAAGUUGAACGACGACCACGAAGGAAGUGUAGGCCAAUAUGUGGAUCAUGCCGUUGCGGGGAAAGUAUCUCGUGUGGGCAAUCACAGCAUGUUGCUGCCAGGGAUUCCUCCUCCUGGGCUACGACCAGGGUGUAAUGUCAGGGAUUAUAGGAGCAGACAACCAGUUCGGAAGGGAUUUCGGGAACCCCGACCCUACAACGCAGGGGACCAUCGUAGCGAUAUAUGAUAUCGGCUGCGCGGUUGGAAGUUUGAUCACGUUCUUCUGGGGUGAGAGCAUCGGUCGCAAGCGUAUGAUUAUGGCGGGCGCGAUAACCAUGCUCAUCGGAACCGCGAUCCUGACUAGCUCGACAACAUUAGCUCAGCUUUACGUCGGGAGGAUUGUGACAGGAAUUGGAAACGGCUUCAACUCCUCGUCCAUUCCGGUGUACCAGAGCGAAACGUGCGGAGGAUUGGUGAGAGGGGCCUUAGUCUGCCUGAACUCUACCGUGACCAUCAUCGGACUUGUCUUUGCAUAUUGGCUGGACUAUGGAAUGUCCUUCGUGGAUGGACCUGCGCAGUGGAGACUUCCCAUCGGUUUCCAGGCCGUCUUCGCGCUCUGCCUCCUGUUGCAAGUCGCAGUGCUCCCGGACAGUCCGCGCUGGUGCAUGGCACAUGGCCGCGAAGAGGAAGGCGCCCGCAUCCUCGCACAGCUGGAGGACCGUGAUUCUGCAAGCCAUCCGGACGUCGUCGCGAAGCGCAAGGAGAUCGAACUGUCCUUGGCGCAGGAGAGCGCGGGAGGUCCCUUCCGUUAUCGCGAGCUGCUUCAAGGCGGGCCCCUUGGCAACUUCAGGCGCAUAUGCCUGUGCAUCGGGGUCAACGUUAUGCAACAAUUUACUGGGGCCAACAUGAUCAACUACCUGGCACCUGUUGUCUACCAGAAUACGAUGGGGAUGUCAAGAAAUCUGUCUCUCAUCCUAGGGGGAUUCACGGCAGUCACUUACAUGAUCGCGUCGUUUAUCCCGCUUUGGACCGUUGACCGCUUCGGACGACGUGCGCUUUUGAUGAUAUCCGCCACAGGACUAUCUGUGUGCUUCAUUCUAGCAUCGAUUUUGCUGUCCAUCGGAACGAAGGGCGCCGCUUACGGUGCAACAGCGAUGGUAUUCAUCUUCCAGAUAUUCCUCGGAAUCGGCUAUCUACCCAUUCCCUGGCUCUAUCCAGCAGAGAUCACCACUACGCGGAUCCGCGCGCGGGGUUCUGCGAUCUCGUCGUUCUUCAACUGGAUGUGUGUCUUCGCAGUGGUGGAGAUGACGCCUCCCGCGAUCGCCAACAUAAACUGGCGUGUCUUCAUCAUCUUCGCGAUCUUCAACGCGCUUUGGGUGCCGCUCGUGUACAUCUUCUUCCCGGAGACGAAGGGGUUGGAACUCGAAGACGUCGACCACAUCUUCGAGAAGGGUGGCAUCACUGGGGGUGUUUGGAGCAGCCCAGGAGGACGCACGGUAGAGCGAAGACGGACCGCUCGGGAUGUAGAGGUCAUGCAAGAAGAGGACGAGAAGGAGGUGGACGUGAGGAUUGAAGCUGAUGGGAAGAGAGACUAACGAUGUUUUCGACAUGACCGCGAAUUUUCCCAUGAUUCACAA